AUGUUUAUAUUUUUCGUUUCUAUUCUUCCAGCUUCAUCAUGUCACCAAGAGUUUAACAGCGAUGGCACAAAACACGGCACUCUAACUUCACCACACUUCCCAGCUCCAUAUCCACCGAAUACGCAUUGCCACUACGAGUUCUUCGGCAGAGGGAAGGAGAGAGUUAGAUUAAUAUUUCAAGAUUUUUACUUGUAUAAAUCUGCUGACGGGUCCUUGGAUUGCACAAAUGUGGACUCGUUGCAAGCGUUCAUCUACGUCGACGGCCGGUUAGAAAAGGUAGACAUGUUUUGCGGAGUCAACCUGCCCAAGCCAAUUAUGUCCAAUGGCCCGAAACUAAUGCUGGAAUUCCGAGGGACACAAUCUUCGAGAUACGCUAGAGGAUUUAAAAUAUCUUAUUCGUUUGUAGAAAAUUUCGGAAUCAACACAGGGAGACAACUGAAGGAGUUCCCGUGCGCCUUCGUAUAUAACAGUAGUGAGGGCCGCAAUGGUACAUUCGCGUCCCCGAACUACCCGGGCCCGUACCCGCGGGACACGGAGUGCACGUACUUCUUCCACGGCGGAGACUCUGAGAAGGUGCAUCUGCACUUCAGCAACUUCGACGUCGAAGGAAUUGAGCCGUGCGAGGUGGUGACUGCUAGUGAUUACGUCGAAUUGUCUAACUCAAUGACUGAAGACAGUAGAUUUGGUAGAUUCUGCGGCCAGAAGAAAGAGUUCCACGUGGAAUCAGAAAGAAACUUCUUCAAAGUCACAUUCCGUUCUAAUGACAGAUUGGACGGCACCGGAUUCAAAGCUGUCUAUCAGUUUUUAGAAGUCACAGACGAAUACCAAUCGCCGAUGCUAGAUGAAGCUUCAAGCUCUGUGUGUAUACUUGGACAUACUUUACUACUACUGGUUGCUGUGACUCUUCUGCAUCUGUGUCACCCUUUAUAUCAUUAA